GUAGAAAAUAGUGGACAUGACGCCGCAAACCAACAACAACAAAGAUGGAGGCACGCUACUUUACCUCAGGUGACUGUAAUGUUACUGUCGCUUAGCCUGUCUAGCGGUCAGCUAGCUAUUCCAGCGCCGCCGACCAACCGGCCCAGCCAUGAGCUCGCUAAGCUACUUCACCCCGGCCCGAGAGGAAGAGUUGCUGUGGUCGGGGAACGCAGGCGCAGCCACCGGACCUCAACCCAGCACCCUCGGAGGAGAGGAGGCACGACGCUUCUAUCAAAGCGUCAUAGAAGAGGGAGGUGCAGGGGAGAGACGAGGAUUGGAACAGAGGGGGAGAGAGAACCGCAGGGGGAGAGAGAGGAGGGGAAGAGCAGGGCAGCACGUCCAGGCUAGCAGGCAGCAGGCUAGCACCACCAGUACUACCACGGAGCUGGAGGGGCUGAGACUGCUGCGUUGUGCCCAGGAAGGUGACCUGUCUGGGGUGAGAGGCCUGCUGUCCCGGGGGGUGGAUGUCAACUUCCAGGACAGCUGGUGGUGGACAGGUGUGAUGUGUGCAGCGGCAGCAGGGCAGCGGGGUGUCGUUAGGCUCCUCCUCCAGCAGGGGGCGGCGUGGGUGGGCGUGGUCGACACGCAGGGCCGGGACGCCAGGGAGCUGGCGCGGAUGGCGGGGCAUAGCGGGGUCCUAGAGGAACUGGACCACUACGGGUCUCCGCAGGACUGUGACCAUGAGACGGGUGACCGGCAUGGGAGACAGAGGGGUCAACACAACCAUUACAGGAGAGAGACGCAGGACCAUCAGGACCACAGUUCUCCCCCAGCGGUAGCAGCAGUCCAGACCCAUCAGAACCAGUCCACCCAGAAUCAGACCCAAUGGUGUCCAGUCUGCAGUGUCCACUACUCCUCUCCUCCAGAGACGCACCUCUCCUCCACCCUCCACCUGUUCUCUCUCUCCCGCCCUGCCCCACCUCCCCACUACUGCCUCCCCCCCUCCACCCCCGCCUACCAGAUGAUGCUGCGCUCCGGAUGGACCCCUGGGGGGGGGCUGGGGCCCGAGGGGGAGGGUCACAAACAGCCGGUCCGGACCGUCCUGAAGAGGGACAGUAGAGGCCUGGGGUACGGACCCACACCCCGACCCAAGGUCACACACUUCCAACCUAAAGACCCGCAGGCAGUCAGACGGACGGGGAAGGAGGGUCGUGGGGAGAGGGGGAGGAGGGGGAUGAAGGAGGAGAGCAGGAGGGAGGAGAAGGACAGGAACUGGGAGAGGGACUUCCGCUCUUCCUUUAACACCUUUGACCCCUGACCUCUAAACGCUGACCCAGGGACACCUGUUGUAGUCAGUUUCUCUCUAGUGUACACUCUGCUCUCUCUGUAGUGUACACUCUGCUCUCUCUGUAGUGUACACUCUGCUCUCUCUCUCUCUCUCUCUCUCUCUCUCUCUCUCUCU